GCCGGAGCUUGCAUAUUUUCAAUGUUAUCAACUUUUAUUCCAACUAGUUAGUAAUUCAUUAUAUAUAUACAUCAUUAAUUGGCUGCAAGUUUUGUGACUAUCGAAAACGGCGCCGGCUAGGAGCGCGUCAAUGACAACAAGUUACGUCAUAUUAACAACCUCAAUCACCCUACUCAUUCACACCCUUUUCCCUGGACCAUGCUGCAGCACAGAAGCGCUGACCACUUCAAACGACAACGACAACGAAAACAAUGAUAACUACCUGACCCCGGUGCAACUGAUCAGCCCCAAGGACGAGAACGACGCGGUCGAGCAUAACGAAGCGAACCUUCCACGACCUAUGCUGAUCCCAAUGGACACCAGUCAGGUUCAACCGAAGCGAAUGAAGCUCAAAGUGUCAACUGGCAAACGCCGCAAGCAAAACAACAACGGUAACAAAAGCCACCGGAACGGAACCACCCCUAAGAACUCCCGACCCAAGCACAAGCGGAAGCCCACGAUGCAGAGCGCGCUGCAGUCAGCUGCACGCAAGGGUCUCGAAGCCAUGAUUGAACUGUUCGAUAAGCGGGAACCGGAAAUGCUGCGAAAAGGUGCUGUCCUCGACCCGAACGAUCCGGGAGCGUUACUGUCAAAGUUCAGCUCGUCGGAUGACUCACCCGAAGAUUUAACGAAAGCAGGUUAUGCAGCGCUGGUGGCAGCCAAGCAGUUGAAGGAAAGCACCAACGUCGAGUAUGUGGCCCUCGGGCGUCAAGUACCGCCGAAGAUUUCACUCAAGCGGACCCCGCUCGAAGGGAUGUGCCCUUCGCGGGAACCACCACCAUGCGUUCCGGCCAGCAGACGCUACCGUACCCACGACGGAACGUGCAACAAUCGGAAGAAGCCCCGCUGGGGUGCGGCCCAGCUGCCCUUCCAUCGGUUUCUGGCCCCCGACUACACGGACGGUGUCGAAGGGAUCAGACGCUCAAUCAACAAUUCCCCGCUACCUUCGGCCCGUUUCGUCAGCCUAGUAGUUCACGGUAGCCGCCAGGAGGAAGCCCCCGUAACGAUGAUGCUCGCCCUCUGGGGUCAACUGUUAGAUCACGACCUAACAGCAACAGCGCAACCACGCAGUCUGAACGGUUCCACACCGCGCUGCUGCGGAGGUCAGAACGACGAGGGCUUGCAUCCAUCCUGUCUACCGAUCAAAGUGCCACUCGAUGACCCGUGGUUGUCGCCACUCGGGGUGCGCUGUCUGGAGUUUCUUCGGUCGGCCCCAGCUCAACGGAGGGAUUGUCUGCUUUCCUGGCGAGAACAAACCAACCAGGUCACGUCGUAUAUCGACGCUUCUCCGAUCUACUCCAGUAAUCCAAGAACGUCCGAUAAUGCUCGCAUUUUCCGUUCUGGGUUGCUGCUUUUCGGACGAGGACCUCCGAGCGAAGACGUGUGCUUCCGUGCUGCUCUCGCGAACCAAUGUAUUCGUCCUGGGGAUGCGCGAAGUGGAGAACAGCCCGGUUUGCUAAUGCUGCACAUGGUUUGGGUUAACGAACACAACCAGAUCGCUACAGAGCUCUCCGAUAUCAAUCCACACUGGAGCGAUGAGAAACUGUAUCAAGAAACGCGACGAAUUGUCGGAGCAAUGUUCCAACAUAUCACCUACCGCGAAUUUCUCCCCAUAAUACUGGGAAAGCAAGUAUGUCAAUUGUUCAACUUGGAACUGGAGAGCAACGGAUACUACAAGGGAUAUGAUUCCAGCGCUAAUCCCACAGUGACCAAUGAGUUUUCGGCCGCAGCAUUCCGCUUUGGGCAUUCACUGAUCCAAGGAUCCUAUAUGAGAGCUGACAGAUUUCAUCGAUUCAUACCGAACAAUGUCACGCUGCACGACGAGUCCGCAGAUGGCGAUCUUGGAGGUCCAGGAUCACUGCACAGGCUUGUGCGCGGAAUGGUCAAUCAGCGGGCCUUGAAGCGAGAUGAAUUUAUCACAGCGGAACUGACCAACCAUCUAUUUCAAACCAGUCGUUUUCCGUUCGGACUGGAUCUAGCGGCAAUCAACAUACAGCGUGGUAGGGAUCAUGGUAUACAACCGUACAUCAACUGGCGAAUACCGUGCGGACUGACACCCAUCAGGGAAUGGGAAGAUCUGGAUCGGGUUAUGGGACCAGCCUCAGCUCAUCGAUUACGCAAAGCGUACCGUUUCCUAGAUGAUAUUGAUCUGUUCGUUGGGGGUCUAGCAGAACGACCAGUUGUGGGAGGUGUAGUAGGACCAACAUUUUCCUGUAUCAUUGCUCAGCAAUUUAGCAAUCUGCGCAAGGGAGAUCGCUUUUGGUACGAAAAUCCUGGGUUCGAAUCUUCAUUCACUCCAGCACAGCUUGACUCCAUACGGCAAGUAGCUUUCUCGCAGGUUCUCUGCAGAGCACUUGGAGGGGGAACCUUACAACCGCACGUAUUCCUACCGGCUGAUAUUGUACAGAACGAGCGACUAGCAUGUGACUCAAAACUGAUGGCACCCAUUGACCUAGAACCUUGGACGGAACGUGACCCGUUUACAAGACCUAAUGACGUACCGAACACUGCACAAAGCGAAAACCUGAUCGACCUUAACACAGUGCAGACUCUCCUAACGACCUCCUCGACCACUAGACGGCCAACAAAGGAUGCGAACGUGGUCAACAAAGUAGACUUCAUACCGAACGGAAACGUUGGACUACAGAUACCUUCGAAUGGACAAAUUGCUCUAAACUCAUUAGCAACGUCCGUUCACAACAAGCUAGAUCUGAGCACUACCAGACCACCUACUAGACCUACGAUACCCACCAAGGAACCUAUGUUGACAGUAGCCACCAUAAUAAACAACAAAAUCGACCUCACAGCCACGACGAUACCUCCGCCAAGAAAACCAACUAGAAAAACAACGCCCAAACGACGACCAACGAAACCAACGGUAUCCACCAAUUUAAUAACCAACAAUCUAGACUUUAACUUCAAACGGGACACUACAGCAAACAUAACCGAUCUGACUGCUACCAACGACAACCACACGAUAACGAAACGUGACAUUUCAUACAGUAAUCUAUCCAAGUUAUUCACAAAAGAAGAUAACGCGACUUUACUUCCGAAAAAGAACACCGCUCUUCGACGUGGCUAUUAUUCGGGCCCUGUGCCUGCACCACCCACGGACUAUGACGACGUUAACAACUACGACUACAACACCGACACUGACCCGCCCGUGUUUGUAAAACCCGGAUACGGCAACGAAGGACCUGGUACAGAACAACCACCAAAUACUUACUACGAACAACCACCACUACCACCACUGCAACCUUCCUACUGCGUUUACAACUGUUACGAUCCACCAAUGACGACUUACAAUCCGUACGGUCUAGACACACGAAGACCUGCACGAACGACUACCCGGAAACGUGGACUAUCGAACAAAAUCGUGAACACCAAUAUUGAGUACGGUUCUAACAAUAAACAAAAGACUCAACGACCGCCUCUACAACGAACAACUACUCCUAGAACUGUUUUUCACAGACCUGGACUAAUUAUAAUAAACGAUAAUAGACCGAACGACCAACCUAUUUUUCUGUCACAAUCUUCUUCUUCGCCUGUCCAAAACUCUAAUGUCUUUCUUCAGAAUUCCAAGAAUCCUUCCUCUUCCACUGCCUCGCAGUCUGUAUUCUCUGUAGACCCUAGACCACAGUACUCUUCACGACCUAUCGCUCACCACCAAUCUGUACCUUCGCCUAACUUUUUCCAAAAAAAGACCCACCAUAGAAAACCACUGAAAGAACUCCGAACUGACCAAGACCGACUACCUUCGAAACUUAUUUCCACACUAAAACAAGACCAUGACUACGACAGUCUAGUACCGGACGCCGAGAGGGUCGAGACCUUGAACAUUCACGAACACGACGGAUACCUAAGGCCGGAACAGAACAAGUACCAACCGUUGAAAAAGACCAGCGACCUGGAGACAUACCGAAACUACAGUCUGUUCAACGUACGCGACGGAAUGACAAUGCGGAACUACGAGAUACCGAACAAUGCGACACUUUGGACGCGAACUGACUCACUAAGGUACGCUGCACGUUACCCACAGCCACUACUCGAUCUAGACGAUGACCUGGACCAAUUUGUGAGACCGUACAUUUACCAGGACAAAAUAAUUUCUGGUCCCGACCAAUCAAGAGACGCGGAUGAAACUAUAAAUCCUUUUAUUCAACUGGCUGACUCUUUGAAAAUCGAAGAACAAUGCAACACCACUGUGACCGACAAGGUUGACCGAAAAGAACUGGAACAGGACAAAUUGGGAAAGAACUUAACUGACACUGAAGAACCGAACGUUGACCGAAUAGCAAUAGUCAGAGGACAGCAAACAGAUAGAAACCGAAUUGACAACAGUACAUAUUUAUAUUUCAAUAAAAGACCACAAAAUACUACCAUCAAGCAAGAUGCCAACCGUAAUGAUGGUAAACUUAUUUUACCAAAAGACGACAAUACAGACAACUCGAAAAAAGAACGUGAAAACGACCCAAAAAUUAAAAGUACAGAUGACAGAAAAUCCUUAAAGACAUCCCAAGACCCGACUAUUCAAAUCAUGGACAUCAUCUUGAACGAUGAACGAGACCUCGAACAGUUCAACACCACUGUGACCGACAAGGUUGACCGAAAAGAACUGGAACAGGACAAAUUGGGAAAGAACUUAACUGACACUGAAGAACCGAACGUUGACCGAAUAGCAAUAGUCAGAGGACAGCAAACAGAUCGAAACCGAAUUGACAACAGUACAUAUUUACAUUUAAAUAAAAGACCACAAAAUACUGCCACCGAGCAAGAUGCCAACCGUAAUGACGGUAAACUUAUUUUACCAAAAGACGACAAUACAGACAACUCGAAAAAAGAACGUGAAAACGACCCAAAAAUUAAAAGUACAGAUGACAGAAAAUCCUUAAAGACAUCCCAAGACCAGACUAUUCAAAACAUGGACAUCAUCUUGAACGAUGAACGAGACCUCGAACAAUUCAACACCACUUUGGCCGACAAGGUUGACCGAAAAGAACUGGAACAGGACAAAUUGGGAAAGAACUUAACUGACACUGAAGAACCGAACGUUAACCGAAUAGUCAGAGGACAGCAAACAGAUCGAAACCGAAUUGACAACAGGGCAUAUUUACAUUUCAAUAAAAGACCACAAAAUACUACCACCGAGCAAGAUGCCAACCGUAAUGACGGUAAACUUAUUUUACCAAAAGACGACAAUACAGACAACUCGAAAAAAGAACGCGAAAACGACCCAAAACUUAAAAGUACAGAUGACAGAAAAUCCUUAAAGACAUCCCAAGACCAGACUAUUCAAAACAUGGACAUCAUCUUGAACGAUGAACGAGACCUCGAACAAUUCAACGCCACUUUGGCCGACAAGGUUGACCGAAAAGAACUGGAACAGGACAAAUUGGGAAAGAACUUAACUGACACUGAAGAACCGAACGUUGACCGAAUAGCAAUAGUCAGAGGACAGCAAACAGAUAGAAACCGAAUUGACAACAGUACAUAUUUACAUUUCAAUAAAAGACCACAAAAUACUACCAUCAAGCAAGAUGCCAACCGUAAUGAUGGUAAACUUAUUUUACCAAAAGACGACAAUACAGACAACUCGAAAAAAGAACGUGAAAACGACCCAAAACUUAAAAGUACAGAUGACAGAAAAUCCUUAAAGACAUCCCAAGACCCGACUAUUCAAAACAUGGACAUCAUCUUGAACGAUGAACGAGACCUCGAACAGUUCAACACCACUGUGACCGACAAGGUUGACCGAAAAGAACUGGAACAGGACAAAUUGGGAAAGAACUUAACUGACACUGAAGAACCGAACGUUGACCGAAUAGCAAUAGUCAGAGGACAGCAAACAGAUCGAAACCGAAUUGACAGCAGUACAUAUUUACAUUUCAAUAAAAGACCACAAAAUACUGCCACCGAGCAAGAUGCCAACCGUAAUGACGGUAAACUUAUUUUACCAAAAGACAACAAUACAGACAACUCGAAAAAAGAACGUGAAAACGACCCAAAACUUAAAAGUACAGAUGACAGAAAAUCCUUAAAGACAUCCCAAGACCAGACUAUUCAAAACAUGGACAUCAUCUUGAACGAUGAACGAGACCUCGAACAAUUCAACACCACUUUGGCCGACAAGGUUGACCGAAAAGAACUGGAACAGGACAAAUUGGGAAAGAACUUAACUGACACUGAAGAACCGAACGUUAACCGAAUAGUCAGAGGACAGCAAACAGAUCGAAACCGAAUUGACAACAGGGCAUAUUUACAUUUCUAUAAAAGACCACAAAAUACUACCACCGAGCAAGAUGCCAACCGUAAUGACGGUAAACUUAUUGUACCAAAAGACGACAAUACAGGCAACUCGAAAAAAGAACGUGAAAACGACCCAAAACCUAAAAGUACAGAUGACAGAAAACCCUUUAAGACAUCCCACGACCCGACUAUUCAAAACAUGGACAUCAUCUUGAACGAUGAACGAGACCUCGAACAGUUCAACACCACUGUGACCGACAAGGUUGACCGAAAAGAACUGGAACAGGACAAAUUGGGAAAGAACUUAACUGACACUGAAGAACCGAACGUUGACCGAAUAGCAAUAGUCAGAGGACAGCAAACAGAUCGCAACCGAAUUGACAACAGUACAUAUUUACAUUUCAAUAAAAGACCACAAAAUACUACCACCGAGCAAGAUGCCAACCGUAAUGACAGUAAACUUAUUUUACCAAAAGACGACAAUACAGACAACUCGAAAAAAGAACGUGAAAACGACCCAAAACUUAAAAGUACAGAUGACAGAAAAUCCUUAAAGACAUCCCAAGACCAGACUAUUAAAAACAUGGACAUCAUCUUGAACGAUGAACGAGACCUCGAACAAUUCAACACCACUUUGACCGACAAGGUUGACCGAAAAGAACUGGAACAGGACAAAUUUGGAAAGAACUUAACUGACACUGAAGAACCGAACGUUGACCGAAUAGUCAGAGGACAGCCAACAGAUCGAAACCGAAUCGACAACAGUACAUAUUUACAUUUCAAUAAAAGACCACAAAAUACUACCACCGAGCAAGAUGCCAACCGUAAUGACGGUAAACUUAUUUUACCAAAAGACUACAAUACAGGCAACUCGAAAAAAGAACGUGAAAACGACCCAAAACCCAAAAGUACAGAUGACAGAAAAUCCUUUAAGACAUCCCAAGACCCGACUAUUCAAAACAUGGACAUCAUCUUGAACGAUGAACGAGACCUCGACCGACAAUACAUCAUUACAAAACUAGACCUAUACGACUCGAGAGGUUCCAAUGAAAACGGACAUGACGAAACAUCGACAACUGACCAGAAGACAUUAAACACGAAACAGAAAGACAUUAACGAAACAGACCGUACAGAUAGCAAUCUUUCCACUGACGAAGCACCACCUGUUCAGACGACCAAAAACUCAUUACUUUAUCGGGAAUUCCCUUACAAAGCAACUGGACUAAGACCGACGGAGACCUAUUUGUCGGAUGAUUCGACUGAAAUAAACGAACGGAAGAGAUUUAACAUUGACAGACAGAAAGAAUAUGACGAAAAACUAAUAAACAAAACGGAACAUAAUCUGACCAAAGCAGCGAUCAACGAAGAGAUUUACAAACAUUUUGACGACAAACCCGUUACUGACGGGAAUAACAAUACCACAUUCGACACAACUCAACGACAACGAGGCACUGACAACUACAGAAUAGAGACGAAAUACAACAUUCCAUUAUACCAACUGAUGGAAUCCGUACACGAGCAGACUCCUAACGAGCCACAUUAUUUCGACCCAACCACAACAAACGACAAAACAGUUCUUCUAAAUAACUUCAAUAUGAUAGCUGACUCAGUAAACUUUGACAUUGAAGACAAUGCCAAGACAGAUCUGAACGCAGGACCUCUCGAUCCAACCGGACCACUUCCGUACGCAGACACUUACGCCCGAACUCCACUCCGAGACAGUAUUCAAUCUGAACUAUCACUAGAAGACUCCGCCGCAGACACAGACCUGGAAAACCUAUCGAAACUCCCACGGCUUGAGCAACUUGAAGACAACCGACCGAACGGACCGACCAGCACUGAACGCUCGAAACCGGAACGACGGACCACCAACACUCCACGCAGACGUGUCAGACCGACGCACUCGAAGCGACCUGGACAUCACCAGACUGCAAACCACGGAACGAACAGUGACCGUAGACAGCCAGGGAUCGCGCUGGUUCCCUUUGUCCUACUUACUAGUAUUGAAAGACCGGACAACUGGGUGAUGUUCAAUGUGGCCAAGUCGAAGAAGCGGAAUCCGCUGCCGGAAGUUCCGCAGCUGAAAAGUGAGCUGUUCUCGUUCAGCGAGCUGCCGAAGCCAAUCAGUGCUGAGGAUUAAAGAUUUUCGUGUGAAUUUACCCUUCUUUCUGCGACUGAAGACUCGAUUACUAAAUGACCCGACUCGUGAUCAAUGGACAUGAUUUGACCUAAGACUGACUGCAGACCUUUGACCUAUUUGAAACGUGGAGUCUCAUUCGAAUGAUGUAAACAAAUACGUACGUACGUGAACCUGGACGCUACUGUUAUCGAAAUGACAUAAUUCCUUACAGCAUUUUUUUCAAUGACAUGUUGCAUUGCUUUUGACAACUAUUUACUUGUUAUGGUUUAUUUAUUUAUUUAUUUAUUUAUUGAUAUUUAUUAAACGGAUUUUGUAUAA